CAAACAUGGCGGUGCCGGCGCGCGCUGCUCUCCACACGGGAGCCCGGACGUAAUUUCCGUUUCCCGUUGGAGGAAGCGGCGGCAAGCGGGACGGGAAGAUGGAGCUGAAGAGUCUGGUCGGCGUGGGGGUUACGGCUUCCCGGGUGGAGCUGGGGGAUUGGUAGCAGAAUGUCGCACUCGUUGAAGAUGUUGCCCUGCAAGAAGAGAAGAGCUGUUGCUGUGGAGCCCCAGAGUCCUUCCGUCGACUUGAGCUAUCACAAGGAGGGUGCAGCUCUCCUCUCAGAUGCAGAGUCUGUUAAACUGGAAUCUUCUAAUGCUAGUCGCGCUGAGGAGCUCAGAGACUCUGUAUCAAAGCACUGGCUAGUGAGCAAAAUCACAGAUACUCAGCCUAUGUCAGCUGCCGACAAGCCUGGUGCACAGCCUGCAUGUUCUGCAAGCACUACUGUCACACUGGAUGAGGAUUUGCCCUUUUUGGAAGCCACUGAUGGUGGAGCCUCUAAGGGAAACAUAAUCCCAGGAAAAGGGACCUCCGAGGCAUGUAGCCAAAGGGCUUGGAAAGAACCAGUGGACAAUUUCCUGAGGAGUGGGAAAAGAAUCACAGCGAAGCAUAGAUCAGAUCUCAGUCAGGACAGUGGUGAAGGUCAACAGAACACAAAAGAAACUGCGUCCGCAACUGAAUUUCUUGAGCAGGGUAAGAAUCAAGAAUUCACUGCAGAAGGGAAAUCUCCUAAAUUGCAUACAGAGGUAGAAGUAAUUUUGCAGACACACCCCCAUCCAGCUGACAAUCACUCUCCAAAACAAGUGGCCCAAGUGAGAAGUUCCUUGCUGCUGCCGAUUAGAGCUCCUGCCACGAUCAAGUCACUAAAAAACACCAAAACUGGGGAGCAGCUGCAGCAGACUGAUGAGGAAACUGAGGACGUUGGGCUGUUUAUUCCACUGGAGGAGCAAGAUGGAGAUGAAGGUGAGAGGAGGAAGAAAAGGAGGAAGGCAACCAAACGUAAACGUGAAGAGAGAGGCCAAGAAGAGGAGGCGCCCUUGGCUUGUGACAUCAAACUAGAUGACAUGCUUGAUCGCACCUUAGAAGAUGGAGCGAAACAGCACAACUUGACCGUCGUCAAUGUGCGAAAUAUCCUCCAUGAAGUGAUCACAAAUGAGCAUGUGGUUGCCAUGAUGAAAGCAGCCAUCAGUGAGACAGAAGACAUGCCCAUGUUUGAGCCAAAAAUGACUCGCUCUAAACUGAAGGAAGUUGUGGAGAAAGGAGUGGUAAUCCCUGCAUGGAAUAUUUCUCCAAUUAAGAAGGCUAAUGAGAUCAAGCCUCCUCAGUUUGUGGACAUUCCCCUUGAAGAAGAUGAUUCAUCUGAUGAGGAAUACCAGCCUGAGGAUGAGGAUGAGGAUGAGACUGCUGAAGAGAGCUUGUUGGAAAGUGAUGUUGAGAGCACUGCCUCUUCUCCUCGGGGAGCAAAGCGGUCUAGGACAAGGCGAUCAUCAGAUAUGAUAGAGACAGAUGAAGAGGGAGCAACCCUAUCUGAGGUGGAGAAGGUUUCUACACCCCUUAUUAGGCAUAUUAGUGCUGAAGUGGUUCCCAUGGGACCUCCACCACCACCUAAACCGAAACAAAGCAGGGAUAGCACUUUUAUGGAGAAGCUGCAUGCUGUGGAUGAGGAACUGGCCUCCAGCCCAGUGUGCAUGGAUUCCUAUCAGUCUCUGGAUGAUAGCCUCAUUGCUUUCCGCACCCGAUCAAAGAGACCCUUGAAGGAUGUUCCUCUUGGUCAAUUGGAGGCUGAGCUCCGUGCCCCAGAUAUCACACCAGACAUGUAUGACCCAAAUACUGCAGAUGAUGAAGACUGGAAAAGGUGGCUUGGGGGACUUAUGAAUGAUGAUGUGGAGAGUGAAGAUGAGGCAGAUGAUGAUGAUGACCCUGAGUAUAACUUCCUGGAAGAUCUGGAUGAACCAGACACAGAAGACUUCAGGAAUGAUCGUGCUGUGAGAAUCACCAAGAAAGAAGUAAAUGAACUGAUGGAGGAGCUGUUUGAGACCGUAAGGUUCCAGGAUGAGAUGGGUUUCUCCAACAUGGAGGAUGAAGGCCCAGAGGAUGAGGACACUGUUGCAGAGUCACGGCCGAAUUUUAACACACCACAGGUGCUUAGAUUUGAAGAGCCUCUGGCCAACUUACUGAAUGAACAGCACCGGACAGUGAAGGAACAGCUUGAACAGCUGAGAAUAAAGAAAUCUUCGACCAAGCAGCCACAGGAGAUGGAGAGGUCAAAACCUCAAAUUGAGAAGCCACUUCAGACCCUAGUUUUGGACAUGGGGCAGAGAAAGAGGCUACAUCAGCAAAUGCAGCAGCAUGUCCAGCUCCUGACUCAAAUACACCUUCUCACCAGCUCCAACCCUAGUCUGAGUUCAGAGGCCAGCACCACGAGGAUGUUUCUGACUGAGCUGAGUAACUUUGCUCACAGUUCCAUGCUCCUUCGUCAGCAGUUCCAUCCCAAGUUUCAAACAGUGUUCCAACCAUGUAACUUGAAGGGAGCGUUGCAGCUCAUUGAAGACUUUCGUGCCCAGGUCAAAGAUGAUUGGAGCCCUCGCAAAACUGUGAAGAAGAGUGCAAAUGAAUUCCCCUGUCUUCCAAAGCAAGUGGCAUGGAUUCUGGCAACGAGAAAAGUCUUUAUGUACCCAGAGCUGUUACCAAUUUGCUCCCUGAAGGCAAAAGCCCCACAGAACAAGAUUAUCUUCACAAAGGCAGAGGACAAAUUGAGACGCUCCAGGGAUGUUAACAGAUGUGAAGGACAAGCUGAGAGCAUUUACAGUUUCUUUUGGUUUGAAUCAUUGUCUGGCAGAAUUAUUUUUCCUUUCAGUUUAUUAGCUUUGGGUCUGAAACACUUUGAAGGGACAGAGUUUCCUAAACCUUUGAUCAGCAAGUAUCUCCUGCCAGCAAAGACUGCGCACCAGCUGACAGUGCGAAUCAAGAACCUCAAUAUGAACCGUGCCCCUGACAAUAUCAUCAGAUAUUAUAAAAGAACAAAGCAAUUGCCCAUUUUGUUCAAGUGUUGUGAGGAGAUCCAGCCUUCUGAGUGCAAACCCCCUGUGGAGAGGGAAGAGCAGCAUUUGCCAUUCUGGCUGAAGGCAAGUUUGUCCUCCAUUCAGAGGGAGCUGAAGCAAUUAGCAGAAGAUGCUGGGGAGGCAGCAGGUUCACCCAGUGCAGAAUCUGCUCUUUUGAGGACAGAAAAAGAAACUUUGGAAUCACAAUGUGAUGAAAAAUACCCUCUGCUCAUGCCCAAAGGAAUAGUGCUGACACUGAAGCCCCUUGCCAACCGUUUCUCCAGGAGAGCUUGGAGGCGGCAGGGGUCUGCAGCCCUGAAGCCCCUACUCAUUCGACCGAGUCCUGGUCUGCAGCCGAGUGCCAACACUAUUAAUAUUCAGAAAGCUGCUGUAAAGUUACCCCAAUCAGAAGCUCCUCCUAGCAAAGUUGUGGUUCAAAUUCCCCGGUUAAUCCAGCCAGCUACAAUUAUGCAGACUGUGCCAGGAAUGCAGCAUUUGAACAUCCCGUCAGCAGUAGGAAGUGGCGAUUGCUUUGAAUUUCAAAGCGUGCUCUCUACUUUACAGUCUGAUUCCAGAACUUCUCUUCCAGCUGCUGUACCACCAGCACUAGUAUCCUCAACACCUGUGACUUUUCAGACAAAAAUGCUGCCAACGUUGACUGCAUCAAAAAUCCGCAAACCUUGUGUCCGCAGGGGAUACCAAAAGAAAAAAGGAACAAAAUCCACCCCUUUGAUAAAGGCUGCCCCUUUGAUCCAUCCAGCCCCUGUCAUCUUUACAGUACCUGCUGCUGCAGUGAAAGUGGUUAGUAUUGGCAAUGGCUGCAAUAUGAUUCAUCCCGUAAACACAACAGUUGGCAGGGGCACUCAGGCUAUUCCAAUUACAACUUUGUUGGUAAAUCCCACCACCUUCCCAUGCCCAUUAAACCAGCCUCUAGUGUCCUCUUCCAUUCCUCCCUUGAUAGCCUCUCCUAACUCUGUAGGUCUUCCUGCUUCAUCAACGGCUGAAGACAAAGAGCAGUUGAAUCCAGUCACUUCCUGUCUUGCUGUAAAUGAUGAAAAUUCUUACCCUAUAGCUGAGCCUAAAGUGGAACCCCAAGAACUUUACUCUUCAUGUUCUGCCAUCUCCCCCAAGAAGGAACAUAGCACAGGUCCUGCUACUCCAGACAAUGACAGCCAGGAGAAGGUUAAAGAGAGUGAGUGCUAUAGUUGGAUAGUUGUGGAGACAGUGGAGAAGAAGGCCUUGGAGCCAUUACCCAUGGACCUCUUACCUCAUUUGGAGGAUUUAGGAGAAACAGUGAAAACUGAACCUGAAGAUCCCAGUGAUGCCCUUGAAGAAACAAACCCAACACAAGAGAAGAAAAACUUGAAUGCUGAAAUAAAGGAGGAGUUCAUACUGGAUCUAGGGCAAGAGCUGGACAUGGAGAUCACAUCUGAGCAUCUGAGUGAACAGAAGGAAAUUAAAAAAGAGUGCACGUCCCAUCAGGAGAAGGGACAGGAGAAAGGACGAGAUGUGGAGGCACCCACCCAGGAUGAGCAGCAGUUGGAAGACAUUGAUACAGCUGGGGUGGAAAUGAGCAAUGAGUCUUCCAAGAAUGCCUCUCACUCAACGGAUGUUGAUGCAGAGUUUAGUAGUCCAUUGGGGAAACCAGAGGACUCAUGCAGUGUGGAUGGUCAGUCUGUAGGGACACCAGCUGGCCCUGAAGCAGUGGGAGAGAAGGAUGGACAAGAAGAGGAAGAGGAGGAGGAUUUCGAUGAUUUUACUCAAGAUGAGGAGGAUGAAGAAGAAAUGUCAUCAGCAUCAGAAGAGUCCGUGCUUUCUGUGCCAGAACUUCAGGAGACAAUGGAAAAACUGACUUGGCUUGCAACGGAGAGGCGUCUGAGCCAGGAGGGAGAUUCUGAGGAAGAGAAUUCCCAGGAAGAGAACUCAGAGCCGGAAGAGGAAGAGGAGGAGGAGGGAGAAGGAGACGGAAUGGAGAGUUUGCAAAAAGAAGAUGAAAUGACAGAUGAGAUAGCUGAAGAUGCAGCAGAGGAACCCAAAUCUGCCUUCACUUUUACAAAGGUUGCCCCAGAGGUGGAAACCAACAGAAUGCCACCAGAUGAGAAUGCCAAAGUGCCUGGGAAAAACAGGAACGCCCACAGAGCCAGGAAUAAGAGGGGACGGACUCGUGCCAGCAAAGACACCUCCAAGUUGCUGCUGCUGUAUGAUGAAGAGAUUCUGGCGAGAGACCCUCUCCGGGAACAGAAGGAUUUGGCAUUUGCACAGGCCUAUCUGAACAGGGUGCGCGAAGCUUUGCGGAAUGUGCCUGGGAAAUAUGAAGACUUCCUUCGUGUUAUCUAUGAAUUUGAGACCAGCACCCACAAGCCAACUGCUGUGGAUCUGUAUUCCACUCUCCAGACCCUGCUGCAGGAGUGGCCGCAGCUGCUCACAGACUUUGCUGCCUUUCUUUUGCCUGAGCAAGCUCUGGAGUGUGGAUUGUUUGAAGAGCAGCAAGCAUUUGACAAAAGCCGGAAGUUCCUCAGGCAGCUGGAAAUCUGCUUUGCUGAAAAUCCCACCCACCAUCAAAAGAUCAUCAAAGUGCUGCAAAGCUGCGCAGACUGCCUCCCGCAGGACAUUGCAGAGUUGAAGACCCAGAUGUGGCAGCUGCUGAAAGGACAUGACCACCUGCAGGAUGAAUUCUCCAUCUUCUUUGAUCAUUUACGUCCAUCAGCCAGCCGCAUGGGAGACUUUGAGGAGAUCAACUGGACAGAGGAGAAAGAGUAUGAGUUUGAUGGGUUUGAAGAGGUGUCGUUACCAGAUGUAGAAGAGGAGGAGGAAACCCCCAAGAUGCACACAGCCUCGAAAAAUAAAAAGAGGAAAGAGAUUGGAGGCCAGAACAAUGACAAGGAGACAGAGUGGGUGGAUGGGGUGAAGGAAUGUUUGUGCUCCUGCCAUGAAGGGAGCAGUGACCCCAAACUAAAGAAGAGCAAGAGGAGGACCUGCAGCCAUUCCAGCUGUAAGGUGUGUGAUAGCAAACCCUAUAAAAAUAAAGAUUCUCAAGAGCUCACUAACAGCCUGACUCAACGAGAGUUAAGCCCUCAGCCUGAAGGGAAGGAGCUUGGGACAUGUAAGGAGCCUGCAGAGGAGUCUCUGGAGUACAGGGAUGAAGUGGAGAAUGGCCAGAGCAGAACAAAAACCAUGUCUAGGAAAGCAGACUCCCUGGCUUCAGGAUCUCAACUAGAAGGACAGUUGAUCUGCUGCAGAGGUGUCUCUUCUGAAGGAGCAUUGCCUAAUAGCAGGGUCCUAGAACUGAGCUCUACGGGAAGCCCUCUGUGCUCUGCAAAAGCUGGGGUCACUGCUGUCGUGGACACUGCAAAAGAAAGUCAAACUGGAAUUACUGACUCUGGAUUUAAUAUAAAGCUGCCUCAACAGAACGAAAGCAACCCUUACGGUCUAGGAAGUGAUAGUGAGACAAGAUUAAACCAGAGAUAUGGAGGGACUGGAGACGGUUCCCUUGACCUUGCCAAGCAUGUUUUAGGGUCUGAUUCAGCUACAAGGACAGGCUGCACGGGAGCUGAUCGCUUUCCUGGAAGGAGUUCACAACAGAAGAUAGCCCUUCAGUUCAAGUCAUCAGUUAAACCUGGACACGCUCCUUCAAAAUCAGGAGGAAGAGAAAUGGAGAGAUUAUCUUUCCCUCUGGAAGGAAAAACUGAAGUGAGGAGGAAUUGGUUGGGAGCAGUUAGAAAACUCAGGCUGAAGACACUGGAUAAGAAUGUCCACUUGCAGGUCCCCAGUGACCAUGUACUAUCAGAAGCAGAUGGUACUGGCUGCAUUGGAGUCUCUCCUUUUGGCCGGGAAUCACAGAUCAGAUUAAAGUCAGAUGAAAGUAACUGCUGCUUCAAGGUGCAGCAACAGUUUGAAGAGCUGGAAUGUAGAGCAGUUCCUUCCGACAUGGGGCAAAGGGAGGAUGAGCAGCAGCAGAAAAUCAUGGAAGCCACCGUGUGUGCAAAGAAUAGCAAAGUCAGCUCUACUGGGGAGAAGGUUGUUCUCUGGACCAGGGAGGCCGAUCGUGUCAUUCUUACAACCUGCCAGGAGCGAGGAGCCCACUUGGAAACCUUCAGUGCUAUCUCACAGGAACUGGGCAAUAAAACUGCUAGUGAGGUCUCCCAUCGAUUCAGGGAAUUGAUGAGGCUCUUCCAUACAUCCUAUGAUGGAAGUUCUGAGGAUGAGGAAGAUGCAACAAGCACCAGCAAUACUGACCAGCUGUCAGAUAAGGAUCUGCUCCUCUCUGAAGAAGAACAGGAUGACUAAACACCUUUGUGCUGGUGGACAAACUAACUAGUACAUCACAAAUGUAGGUACUAGCCCAUUUGCUGCUAGAGGGAUGCUCUGGUGGAGGCAGGAAUAUUUGCACAGGACUGUAACUUAAAAUGGCACCUUAAUUUUUGGGAUAAUCUUGCUACAUGUAUAACCAACUAAAUUCAUUCUACAGGAGCACAGGUCUAAUGUUUGAUACACAAUUAAUAGGAUAAUGUAAUACCCUGGCAGCUUUUCAUUCUGCAAAUGUGACCUGCAUGACAAACUUAAAAAGAUUCCACUAGGGCAAGGCCUUGCCUCUCUGUGUAACAAAGAUUUAAAUUGAACAUCCUCAUGAUUUAUUGCAGAUACAGCAAUAAAAAACUUGUAAUUACUGUAUCAUAAGAUGUGUCUUGUUAGAUGAAGUAAAUGCUUUCCCACUCUCAAAUUUUGUAAAUUCCAUUACUGUCCCCUUUUUAUAUCUGGAAAGGCUAUAAGCUGAAAUGAUCCAUGUUUAUUGUUCAGUCUCAUUCUAAAGCAUAAUUCUGUUGUGAUAAAUAAUGGACAAUGCUGAUGUAAA